UUAAGAUAAAACAUUAAACCUUAUUUGAACCUUACCCCAUCUGAUAAUAUUAUUGUCUACCACUACCUCCAGCUGUCGACGAGAAGGAAUUCUCAUCCUUUUUCGUUCGCCUUGGUGACAGAAUGGAGGAACUAUUUUCACCGAGUCCGUCCCCGGAAAUCGAUGAAACGUCAGAGCUAAAAACCAUCGCAGAAAUUGAGCGAAGAAUUCCGGACAUUCUAACCUCAGCCAGUGCAUGCAUUGAAGCAAUUAAGGAGGAAAAGUCAAUUGAGAAGUUUCAACAACAUGCAAGAGACUUCUUCUCCACAGUAGAAUUCGUAUCUACGGGACUUUCCCGUCAGGUGCUACAGCUUGAAAAGGUUGAAACGCCAACAACGCUUCUGCCGCCGAAAAAGCAGCAAAUGAAUGCUUCACUCGCAGCACAAACGUGGGAAGCUCUCCAAGAUAUGAGUCAUUCUGGUUAGCAAAAAAUGUAAAUUAUAAAUUAUGGAUGGACGACACCCAGCCCAUCCAAGCGAGAGCAAAAAAAAAAAAAGAAAGAAAGAAAGAAAGAAAGAAAGAGAAAUGCGAGAGCCUGAAGGAUCUAUUGCAGCGGUUCUGCGCUUUCACAGAGUUUGUUUAGAUGUACAAAAACGUCUGUUCCAUAUCCAUCCAUGGAGAUUAAUUCCAAGUCACCUCCAAAAUAUCGAGUAUACAGUCGUGCCAUAGGCAAACCGAAACCAAAUCCCUAUAUGUGUUAGUUAAGCGGAAGAACAAGGGCUAGUAACAGCCGUCACAGGGAACAAAGCAUUGCAUUGCUCACAAUACCUACCGCCAACGGGGGUCCAGCUUCAGAAUCAACAUGUUCACGAAGUUGAGGACUAGCAGUUGUGUACAUGUACGACCAUACAAGUGGCAUGUUCCGACGAGAAAUUCCGCCUCCCUCAUCUGAAACUUUGAUGGUAAUAUCUUCGGCACCCUCAGCAACAAUGACCUUAAUGGGCGGGAAAGUGUCGCUGUCCACACCAUGGUGUUCAACCACGGCACGUAAACUGUUUUUAAGUAUCUCAAAGAGAGCGUGUUGUAAGUGGGACUCCACAUACAUCAUUGUAAUGUUUGGGUUACAGACGAUUUGUACUUCAGGCGCUUCAAACAGUCCGUAUGCCUGUUGACAUAUGUAACGAGCAUUUUCGACAGCAACCUCAAUGAGUUCACGAAUGCGGGCGUGGGUAUUGAUAACGCCGACGUAUCCUGGCCGAAGAGGUUCUGUGGCCAAUGUGAUUUGCUGACUUAACAGAAAUCGAAUGCCAAUGCGAGACAUAUAGAAUCGGUCAAGGAACUUUUGGAUCCCCGGAUCGAUGCGUUUCACACGUGAAUGAUACUCAAGGACAUCAAGAGCAAUUUCAAUGGCCACGCGAUUAUGCCUCUGUUGGAUGAUGUCGAGUAGUUUAGCAAACUUGUGAUUGAAAAGGUGAACAGACUUGGGACAAUCUUUGUCAACGCAGAUUUCGCUGUUGCAUUCGUAACUGAAGUCUGUGAAGAAAUACCGUCCUUUUGACGAGUCAAGGUGUGUAUCGAGCAAUGAUGGGUUGUGAAUAUCCGUAUCCUCGACGUUACUACUUAGUCGAGGAGCCUUCGAAUCGGGAAUGCCAAAAGAAGAAGGUGGUUCUGGCAGUGGAAUGUUUUGGAGCUCGAUAAUUUCCUACUAAAUGAGUACAGGUGUUGGAAUCAAUUUGCGAGGAUACAGAGGUGCGGCAAAAGCAAAAUGUUCACUGGCCUGGCCAACCUUUUCUGUAUCUUUUUCCCCCGAAAAAAAAAAAAAACGUACCUCCAUUGAUUUCGCGUAUGCCUGCUGGAUGCCUUGAAUUCGCUUCAUGUCGUGCAGAGGAGGAGGAAGAUCCUCUAGUUCCUUGAUGCGAUGGGCAAACCGAAUGGGCAAUUCAUCGCGCAAGAACAGACCUGCUCGGUAGACUUUACCGGCUGUGGGAUUUUUACCUAGCAAUGUGUCAGAAAGGGGAAGAGACAGAGAAACGAAUAAGCAAUUCCAGAGUGCGUCGCCAAUGGCGGCUCUCGCCUCGCGUAUCGCAUACCAAAGUAGACGAGCUGUUUUAAGGAAAGACCCGUCUGGGGGUAGUGUGCCAGAAUGUUGAUUUUCUCGCGUAGACUUUUUCCAAUUACAGACAUAGUAGAGGCAAUGAUAUGAGACACAAUCGUGUCUUGUUUAUAUAAAACUUAAGCGUGAGAAAGCUCAUACAAGAGACAAAAUAAAAAAAACAGUAGAAAGAAGAACAGAGAAUGCUACAGUUGAGUUUGAAGCACGGACGACGACAGCAACA